CCGUCCUCCAUGCUCUCAGGACAUGUCAGUCAUGAAGCCCUAUUUAGUGACCAUUUCCAUCCUUCUGAUCCUGCUCCAUAAGACUCCAGGUGGCUUGUUCCGAUCCUACUUUGGCGGGAGCCAGGAGCCUUGGGAUCCGUGCCACCUUUACCAUGGCAUGUGCAGAAACACCUGCAGGAAGGAGGAAAUUCAGCACCUAACCUGCCCCAAUGACCAAAAGUGCUGCCUGAAACUUCCCGUGAAAGUAACCAGUUCUAACAAUGUGAAAAAGAACUCCAGCCUGUCGGUUACAGACACUUAAAGCUACUUGGAAAUCUGAGUAUCACUGACCAUACGCCCUCCUGGGGCGCCCUCCCCAUAAAAAUGCAUUCCUUC